AUGGAUUCCAGACAUAACGUUAUUGAUUUGGUCGGUAAUACCCCAUUAAUUGAAUUGAAAAAGGUUCCAAAGGCUUACGGUAUCAGACCAAAGAUCUAUGCCAAAUUGGAAUUGUAUAACCCAGGUGGUUCCAUCAAGGACCGUAUUGCCAAAUAUAUGAUUGAAGAUGCUGAAGCCAGAGGUAUCAUUGACCCAAGCAGAUCCACUUUAAUUGAACCAACUUCAGGUAACACUGGUAUUGGUUUGGCUUUAAUUGGUGCCAUCAAAGGUUACAGAACCAUCAUCACUUUACCAGAAAAGAUGUCCAAUGAAAAAGUGUCUGUCUUGAAAGCCUUGGGUGCUGAAAUCAUCAGAACUCCUACCCAAGCCGCUUGGGAUUCUCCAGAAUCUCAUAUCGGUGUUGCCAAGAAAUUAGAAAAGGAAAUCCCGGGUGCCAUCAUUUUAGAUCAAUAUAAUAACAUGCAAAACCCAUUUGCCCAUUACGAAGGUACCGGUAGAGAAAUCAAAGAACAAUUACAAGAAUUGAAAAAAUACGAAAAAUUGAAUGCUGUUAUUGCCGGUGCUGGUACUGGUGGUACCAUCUCUGGUAUUGCUAAAUAUUUGAAAGAACAAAACCCAAAGAUUAAAAUUGUUGGUGCUGAUCCAGAAGGUUCUAUCUUGGCCCAACCUGCUAAAUUGAAUGAAACCGAUUUGGCUGAAUAUAAAGUCGAAGGUAUUGGUUAUGAUUUCAUUCCAAACGUCUUGGACCGUUCUUUGGUUGAUGUUUGGUACAAGACUACUGAUAAGCCAGCUUUCAAAUAUGCCCGUCAAGUUAUUGCUAACGAAGGUAUGUUAGUUGGUGGUUCUUCUGGUUCUGCCUUCACCGCCUUGGUUGAAUAUUGUAAGGAACACCCUGAAUUGACCGAAGAUGAUGUCAUUGUCGUCAUCUUCCCAGAUUCCAUCAGAUCUUACUUGACCAAAUUCGCCGAUGACCAAUGGUUGAAGACUAAUGGUUUAUGGGACGACGAAGUCUUGUCUCGUUUCGAUUUCUCCGGUAUGAAGAGAGAAAUUGUUUCUGCAUCCAAGACUACUGCUGAAAACGAUGUCUUCAAGAACGCCACUGUUAAAGAUUUGAAUUUAAAACCAGUCAUUUCUGUUAGAGAUAACGCCACAAUCGACUCUGUCGUCAAGAUCCUAAAGGAUAACAGUUUUGAUCAAUUACCAGUCUUGAGUGCCGAAGGUAAAUUACGCGGGUUAGUCACUUUAUCACAAUUAUUAAAGGGCUUAUCCAAUGGUAAGACCAAGAAAGACAGCAUCGAAGGUAUGUACUUCGAUUUCAAAAAAUUAAACAACUUUGAUGAAAUCUCCUCUUAUAACGAAAACAAAUCCGGUAAGAAGAAGUUCGUCAACUUCAGUACCACCACAAGAUUGCAUGAAUUGAACGAGUUCUUUGAAAGAAACUCUUCUGCCAUCAUCACCGAUUCCAGCAUGAAACCAGUCCAUAUCGUCACAAAGGUCGAUCUAUUGGAUUUCUUGGCUUAA